GAUUAUUUCUUCUCGUAUGCUCGUUAUUUAUUAUUGUACUUUUAUAUUUAUAACCAUAUGCUUAAGGAAUAUAAGAUACUGGAUUUUACUAUUCCGUGAACGCUUAUCAGAUAAUCAUGUUAGACUAAGUAAAGUAUUAUGUUAUUUUGAUAUAUGGAGGCACCGACUUAUUAGAAACGAGGAAAUUAAAACAUUAGAUUGAUGUAGAUUGUUAACAUUUGUGAAUGUUUUCAAAAUGCGGAUACAAAGAGAUAGCGGCUGGGCUUGGAUUGUACUUGUAUGUGUGAUAUGCAGUCAGAUUAUUCUCGGAGGAGUUUGUAUUUCCGGUGGAAUAUUUUACAUGAUAUUCAUGGACGUGUUUCCCCCUGAUCCGAUUGCUGUUUCUUGGUUAUGCAGCCUUCCAAUAACUCUGUGGUUUAUUUCGUCACCAGUCGGGAGUUAUGUUACUAACAGAUAUGGCUAUCGGGCAUGUGCUUUUAUUGGUGGUGUUAUAGCAGCAACAGGACUGACUCUGAGCUACUUUGCAACCAGUUUAUUGUUCUUGUUCUUUUCUCAUGGUAUACUUACAGGACUUGGGUUUGGUAUCAAUUUUACCGGUUGUAUGGCAACCCUUAACGUAUACUUCGAUAAGUAUAAGACUGUUGCAACUGGAAUAUCUUCUGUUGGACACAAUUUAGGAAUUAUCAUUUAUGCAGAAUUAAUUGUGUUGUUGGAUGACAGCUAUGGUUGGAGAGGGAUGUUUCUCAUACUAGGUGCAAUAACGUUUAACCUGUGCGCAUGUGCAAGUGUUAUGUUUCCAAUGCCUAAUUUAAUACCGCCUGUUACUGUACCAAAUCAUAACUCAACUUUAAGCUUAACAAAACCCGAAAUGCGGAAGCCUGUGAAAAAGAUUAAAAAGAAGUUGAUAAACAUAACCGUAUUUAGAAAAUUAUCUUUCAUCCUUUUUAAUUUUAGCAAUGUAUUUAUUAACAUUGCUCAAGGAAUAUAUAUACUUUAUUUGCCUUCCUAUUCUAAAUACGCAGGGUUCACACAAACCAAUUUCGGGACAGUGCUUGUGGUUAACUCCGUGUCGAAUAUUGUUGGAAAAGCUGUCUUCAGUUUUAUCGGACAUCAUCCGAAAAUAAACUGUACUGUUUUAUACACUGCUUCCCUUGCAGUAAGUGGUGUGGCAAUGGGGCUUACACCUUUAUUCCUGACAAAAACUGGAAUGUUGCUUCUGACAGGAUUUAUUGGAUUUUUUGUUUGUGUAAUAGGAGCUCUUUUGCCUGCGGUUAUUUAUGGAAUCGUUGGCUUUGACAGAUUUGCUGACGGCGUGGGAUUUAGUUUGCCUUUCAAAGCGACUGGCAACUUGAUCGGGGGUCCUCUUGCGGGAAUAUUGCUAGCCUCAACUGGAAGUUACGAGAUAUCAUUCUACAUAGCCGGAGUCAGUAUGGUGUUUUCGCAAGUACUGAUGAUAUAUCCCAUAGUUCAUCAAAAACAAAGACAAAAAGCACAUCAAAAUAAAUACAUAUACACGGUAUAUGAGAUCAGUGUUGAAAACUGUUCAGCAGCUAAUACCUGUAUCAAACCAUUGAAGAGGUCAAAUGGAAUUAGACAAGAAAUAUUAUCCCUGGAGGGAAAUAACGAUGACAUUUUGAAUAAUGUUGCAGAACUGGAUACACUGUUAAAACCUGAAAACAUUUCUUCUAAAGUUGGAGAAAGCAGUAAUGCGAUCAGAAGUGAUGACCUCUUUACAUAGUUCAGCGGCCUUGUAUUGUAUCAUUCGAAAUAUAUCUUUGUAUGAUAUUCAUUAUCUUAAUGCAUGUUUUACUUCUUCACAUAACAACUCAAAAAUAUAAUCAUUUAUGGUCUUCUGUACAAAACCGUCUUUUGUUAGAUUAAUAUUACUUUAGAGCCGCUGUGCAUCAUUGACGUGCGUCAUGUUUUUUUCAGUCUGUGGAAGAUUUAAGUUUGUAUCUUCGCGGGGGCACCAAAGAAAAUAGGGCUAAUCCAAAGAAAUGUUUUUUUUCUCACGCAUUUUAACUGUUGUUUAUUCAAACUUACGUUCAAGGUUUGUAAGUAGUAUUAAUUAUAAAAUUACAGACAAUCAAAUUAAACGUUUUAUCAAUAUAGGAUAAAAAUCAUUAACUUUUUUAUACACAAUCAUUACUACUGACCCAUUUCUGAAAUUUUACGUAUAAGACCAAAUUUUACACAAACAGGUACACAAUUCAGAGUUUGUGUAUAAAGCAGACUCGCAAAUAGAAUUAAAAAUAUAUAUUGCAUCGCAAUGCUGUAUUAUAUUGCUUAAAACAUAAUAUCAAGUUAAUUAUUUUAUUAUAAUAUUUGAAAAUUUUUAUUAAGUUUUGUACGGAAUCAUCAGGCAACGUAUAUAAGAUCAAUACCCAAUACAGUAGGUUAAAUGAUUGGUCAUUGAACUCCGUUUUAUAAGGACAAUUUACGUACAUUACGCUACAGUAGUUAUCGGAUUAUCAAGCAUUUAUUAAACUGAUUAUUUAUAAUUUUAAAAAUGGCCAUUUGUUGUCUUUAAAAUGUUCAUUUAUAGUCUUACACACACAUGUUUAUUUAUAGUCUUACCAGUUUUGCAUUAUAAAUUGUGUAAUGCUAGGAGUUUUACUGUAAAGCAGAUAUUGUGUAACGUUAUAUACUUAGGACGGCCGGCACAUUCUUAUACAAUCUUGCCAGGCAUACGUAUGUUUUUGACAACACAGAAAAUGACGUCAGAUGACCUUCUGGGUUAUUUUUUGCUAAUUUUGAGUCAAUUUUAAGCAAUUUCUAACGUCUUGACAAAAACUGUGUUUUAGCAUGACAUGUCAGUUUUUCAACUACGAAAUGAUAUUUCCACUCGGAAUAAACACAAAUCCCCAGUGGUCCGUAACGGAGCAAGUGUAUAUGGAGACCUUUGAUAUUGUCUGAAAGUGUCAGUAUAUGCCUUGGAUGCCAGAUAUUUCUGUAUUUGAGAGCUACAGACCUAGAAAUAGUUUCAAAAUGAAUUUCGUGUAAUAAAUGUUGAUUGUAGGGAAGUGUUAAAGGACCAUCAGACGCAAAUAUGUUUUGUUACGAAGGGUAUGAUACGAAGUAAAUAUCAUAUGUGAACUA